AUGCAUGCAGGCAUCCCACUGUAUUGCUAACUCUAUAAAUUCAAGCCUCUUCCCAUUCAUUCUAGCAUAAACACAUCACACACAUUGAAAGUCACCCACAACGACAAUGAGAGCUGCAAUUCUAGCAUUGUCCUUCCUUCUUUUUGCCUUAGCUGCAAAUCAAUUGCCUAGGGUAGCAGCUACUGCUGCCCCUGAGCCAGUGCUCGACGUCACUGGUAAGAUACUUAGAACCGGCACUGGCUACUUCAUCCUGCCGGUGAUCCGUGGGAGAGGCGGUGGGCUCAAAAUGGCUAGCACUGGAAGAAGAACCUGCCCACUUGAUGUUGUCCAGGACCGAUAUGAGGCAUCAAAUGGCCUCCCACUGAAAUUCACACCUGUGAACACCAAGAAAGGUGUCGUCCGCGUCCACACCGAUCUUAACAUAAGAUUCUCUGCUGCAUCAAUCUGUCACCAGUCAACAGCGUGGAAGCUUGACAGCUAUGAUGAAUGGACAAAACAAUGGUUCGUCACAACCAAUGGAGUUGAAGGAAAUCCUGGUCCGGAAAUGACAAUCAACUGGUUCAAGAUAGAGAAGUUCGAAGACAAGUACAAGCUAGUUUUUUGCCCUACAGUGUGUCAACACUGCAAAGUUAUGUGCAAAGAUAUCGGGAUUUUUGUUGAUGCCAAAGGAGUAAGGCGUCUGGCUCUUAGCAGCGUGCCUCUCAAAGUUAUGUUCAAGAAGGCUUGAAGAUCAUGAUCGAUGAUGAUGCAUGCUCAAAUACAAUAUCAAUAAGCUACGCCAUGUGCUUCUGUAGGAAUAAAUUCCAUAUUUGGAAAUUAAAAUGUAUCUCAUGUCGUUACAUAUAAAUAUAUCUUGCUAGUGACUUGAUCUCUUUACUUAAUAAAGAAACAAUAUUGUUGACUA